AUUUGCUACAAACAACAAUUAGGCGAAAUUAAAAUGCAGCAUUUCAAAAUAGGAUUAAAUUCUUGGUUACUUUCUAAAUACCGACGCAGCUUCAAAUAGUACACAUUCUAAUCAUUCCAUAAAAUAUAUGCUUGCAUAAAAUUUUUAGAUAACCAUUGUCUUUGGAUACUGUGUUUUAUGUGUAUUUACAGUUUUAUGUAUACAUAUUAAGUCAAAACCAAUUCCAAUAACCAAACGUUUAUCAAAAGCACUUUCGUAUUUUUGUGUCUUUUCAAGGGAAUCGAGAAAACUGCGAUGGAAAAAGAAUAGAACCAGGUGGCAGAGGAAAUGACAGUCUUCCAUCGGAAAAUGAGAAAGAGGAAUACAUAUUCUUUUCAAGGAAAGAUUCAGUCUUCAGUCAGUGGUAUCCUUGCACAUUCGUGAUUGAUGACAAAGAAUAUAAUUGUGCUGAGCAGUACAUGAUGUAUACAAAAGCAGAAAUAAUGGGUGAUGGGGAGACAGCAGAUACCAUCAUGAAAUUAAACGACCCCAGUUUUAUAAACGCAUUCGGAAAAAAUGUGAAGAACUUUGAACCAGAUGCCUGGAAAAACCGUCGUGAAACAAUUGUCAAAAGUGGAAACAUGGCAAAGUUUUUUCAAAACGAAGAAUUAAAGCAAAAAUUGCUUUCAACAUAUCCAAAAACCCUGGUAGAAGCUAGAAAAGAUAGCGAGACAUGGGGCAUAGGAUUAGACAAAACAGAUCCAAGAGCGUGGAAAAAACAGACAUGGCAGGGAAAAAAUCUGCUCGGAAAGAUCCUAACCGAAGUGAGAGACAGUUUGAGAAAUGACAUUGAAAACGUUAAUCCUAAUGGAAAUCUAAGUGAUAUAAAUAGUUUUGAAAUGAUUGGAAUGAAUUUGGAACCCGAUCCUGUUAAGACUAUAUGAAUAUUUUUCUUAAUCAAUCAUUCGUGAAAAAAAUCAUAAUAUUAAUGUAUAUCAUUGUUUAUUAUUCUUUGUAACCGUACUGUAACCGUAGAUUUACUUCACACAACGCAAUGAUUAUCUAGCUACUAAUUAAUGGUGGUGUGAAGAAAUCAAACGAUAUAAAGUAUUCGAGUACUGCUUUCUACCUUCAGAACCACUAAGAACUGACAAAGAAAUCUAGUUUUAUAGCCUUACUUUUCACUAUCUUUUUAAAGCAUUCACAUACAUUGAUUAAAAGCAUGGAAUUUUGUUGUUCUCGUCAAUCACUACGUAACACAAGAAAUAGAAAUAAUAUUAAUCUAAUUAAGUAUCUAAGACUCUUCUUGGAUGCCUGUCUGUUCCGUCGAAACAUGCACCAAUCAACGUAGCUGUACAGUAACGGUUAGUAAUUUAACAAGGAAAUUUAUGCUCCUUUGUUGAUCUGUGCUGCUAUGGUGGUAAAAACAUAGCAUAUGAUAUG